AUGACUGAUGAACAGUCUCCAGCUAAGCGGCAGAAAAAUACUGCCCAAAACCAAAACAAAGUGCAUGGGAAAGAAAAGAGACGAGCACAGAACUUAGCUAAAGGAAACGAAGUAGAAGAAGCAAAAACCAAAUUUGAAGAGAUCCAAAUGACCAGCACAUCAAAGACCCCACUACUGGAAGAGCCAAAGGAUACAUUGACAAGUGGCCUGGCAUAUGUGGAUUUUGCCGAUGAUGCACACCUUGCUGCAGUUGUAAGAAAGAACAAACAAAGUUUCUUGGAAGAAGGAGCAUUGCCUAAUGUAAUCACUUGCAACACUUUGAUUGGUGGAUUGUGUAAAACAAAGAAAGUAAGUGUUGCCAUUAAGUUGCUUGAAGAGGUGGUCAAUGGGAAUAAAGAAUCUGGUGUUAUUUGUAGGCCAAAUGUUGUUACUUAUAGUAUUAUGAUGAAUAAAGAAGUCAAUGAAGCUCUUAGUCUUUAUCGAGAGAUGAUUUCAGAAGGAAUUAGGCCUGAUGUGAUUACAUAUAACACCUUGUUAACUGGCUUUUUUCUUAUAGAAAAGGUGAAAGAUGCACGGAAUUUAGUUGGUGAGAUGCGACUUAACGAUACUUUUCCUGAUUCUUGGACAUAUAACAUUUUUGUUAAUGGACUUUGCAAGAAUGGAUAUGUUUUGGAAGCCGUGGAAAUGUUUAAUGCUCUAGUAAAUAAUAAGGUUGCUGUUAACAUUGAAGGUUUGAAUUCCCUCAUUGAUGGAUUAUGUAAAAUAGAGAGAUUCGAAACUGCUUAG